UGGUUCCAGGGGGCGGAUGAUCUUUGUGUUGCUGUUCUUCUCUGUAGUUUGCAGCGGAGCAGCAGCGCAUUAGGGGCUUUGGCAGUGCUGGAUCGCCCGGGUAGCGGGACGCAACGUCCUGCUCCGACAUGGAACAGGGCUCAUGGAGGUUUAUUGGGAAAAAUCGUGUGCGUGUUAGGACUCAUUCGUGCUGAUUUGCAGAGGGACGGCUGUGGAGGUAUGGCUUGAUCGUUUGAGGACACUUUUCGCGCACGUACAGCCCUUCUGAACGCUCUAAAGCAGCGAUUUUAAAAGGCGGCAGCUGCGUUCUGAAACAAUGUAACAUUCGCAUUAUGAUGUAAUGUUACAAUGUAACAAAUUCGCAGCUCGACGUCAUGCAACAAUGUAACAAAUUCGACCGUACGCUACGUUCCAUUCUUUAUGCUUUUGAACCACGGAAGCUUCAUUAAACGAGUCGAAUGGGUUCAUUUUCGCUCGUUUCGUCGUUUAUUUAAUGCUUAGAAAUAACCAAAAACGAGCGAGAUUUAUAAACAAAUCCUUGUAUGUGCUGGAAGUGGCCAUGAGCGCAUUUGUAAAUAUUCCUAAACAUCUCACGACAUCAAUUCGAUUCCCAAAGUGUCCCGCAUUGAAAUGUGGACUCUAGAAGUGACCCAUUAAUGGCAUGCACGAGGGCACUGCUGCUGUUGCUGUGUUCAGAAAAGCCGUCCAUACAUCAUUCAUUUGAAGGAGUCGAGGAAAUAUGGCAGAGGAGGUAGAUAAGCCCUUGGCUGUGGACGUCGACAUAGACCCUGAUUUUGAGCCCCAAAAAAGGCCCAGGUCCUGCACCUGGCCUCUGCCCAGACCGGAGUCCAAUGCCGGGAAAGCAGAACCAGCAGAGGUGGGAAUCAUUCCUGAGGAAGAGGUGGAUGAAAAUGGCACUGAUGAUGCUUGUGCAUCUAGUGGCAUUACAGGCGCAUCAAAGCCUGUCAGUGUGACAGAAGGAAACAAGGCUGUUGCUGCUGCUGCUCCUGCCAUAGAAACCAAUAAUGGUGUCAGUGAUAAAGACACCUACGGCUCUCCUGUAUCUUCCCAACACGCUCUGGCCGCAUGCAGCGACUCCAGCAUCAACGGUCUGAUUCCUCAGCAGCCCAGAAAAUCCUCUGCCCGCAGGAAUGCCUGGGGAAACUAUUCCUACGCGGACCUCAUCACUCAAGCCAUCGAGAGCUCGCCCGAGAAACGGCUGACAUUGGCCCAGAUUUAUGAUUGGAUGGUCCGGAAUGUGCCAUACUUCAAGGACAAAGGUGACAGCAACAGCUCUGCAGGAUGGAAGAACUCAAUACGACAUAACCUGUCACUCCACAGUCGCUUUGUCCGGGUCCAAAAUGAAGGGACAGGAAAGAGUUCAUGGUGGAUGGUCAAUCCCGAUGGCGGAAAAGGGGGCAAAGCCCCGCGGAGGCGCGCUGUGUCCAUGGACAACAGUAAUAAGCUCAUCAAGAGCGCCCGUGGCCGUGCUGCAAAAAAGAAGGCCGCUCUUCAGGCAACUCAAGAUGGAAGCUCUGAGAGUUCCUCCAGCCUGUCCAAAUGGACCGGCAGCCCGACCUCUCGCAGUAGCGACGAGCUCGACGCUUGGACCGAUUUCCGUUCUCGCACUAAUUCUAAUGCCAGCACCCUAAGCGGACGCCUUUCUCCAAUUCUGGCCAACCUCGAGGUGGACGAAGUUCCAGAUGACGACUCUCCCCUGUCGCCCAUGCUGUACUCUAGCCCUAGUAGUAUGUCUCCGUCCACUGGGCUGACCGAACUACCCCGUCUAGCUGAUCUGGCAGGAACCAUGAAUCUCAACGAUGGCCUCUCCGAUAACCUAAUGGACGACCUUCUAGAUAACAUCAGCCUGACGGCUUCCCAGUCUCCGGGCCAAGACGAGAGUGGGGCCAACCUACAGGGAAGCCCUGUGUUUACCUUCAGCUGCUCUGGGAGCAGUCUGGCAAUUCCCUCUGGCAGCUAUGGCACCAACUCCAUGUUUAGCCCUCCAUCCGUCACUGGUCUGAGGCAGUCUCCAAUGCAAACGAUCCAGGAAAACAAGCAGGCAACGUUCUCCUGCGGUUCCCUCUUUAGCGAUCAGAGUCUGCAGGACUUGCUCAGCUCCGAGUCCAACAGUCGCAGCGAUGUCCUUCUUACCCAAUCUGAUCCGCUCAUGUCACAAGCCAGUGCCUCCCUUUCCUCCCAGAACGCCCGUCGCAGUGCCCUGUUGCUGCGUAAUGACCCUAUGAUGUCCAACCAGGCUGGGCCUGUUGGACAAGUGGGGCUCAAGAAGGUGUCGCCAUCUGGAUGGCGGAUGAACUGUGUCUCGAGCAGCGAGUCAGACUACCAAAGCUUGAUGAAGCAACAUCUCCAACAGUCUCCCUUCAGAAGCACAUCUAUGCAGCUCAACUCCUCCGAUUCAUUGUUGGCAGGUCUCAACGGCAGCGUGACCUCCAUUCAGUCGGUGUCUCAGGACCAAUUCCCGUCUGACUUGGAUCUCGAGGCAUUAAGCGGCAGUUUCGAUUGCGACAUGGAUGCCAUUACCCGCAACGAUCUGAUGGAUGCCGAGGGCCUGGAGUUCAGCUUCGAUUCGCAUCUCAUCUCCUCUCAGAAUGCUAACCUGACUUCAGGGAGCUUCUCCAGUACCAAACGAACCUCCUCCCAAAGCUGGGUACCAGGUUGAUCCGGCCAGGCCCAGGAAUGUAGGGACGGGGCAGAACACCGCAUUUGAGCCAACUGUCCACUGUAAAGCAACUGUACAUUAUGCUGUAGAAAAGCUAUUUGACAUCUAUUGGAAUGAGUUCGAGUCAACGUCAAUGAUUUACCCAGUCGGUGUUGUAGUUUUGUGGCUGUAUGUUUUGUAUUGUCAUGAUUGAGGCUGGUUUGAUGGACGUUGUGAGGAGUUUCAACCUUGAUUAACCUAGAAGUGCUUGCUGGUGUAUCUAAACGGCAAUGACUAGGUAUUGAACUCAGCUGCUGGAAUACAGUAAGUGGAGUACCGUAGGGAGAAGUUAGUUUAUGAAUGAAGGCUUGGCCAACAGUACUUCCCCUAGUCCAUCUACAAUACAAAAUCCAAAAGCAUUUGGGAGUGUGGAAAGAGUUGGAUCAGUUUGAAAACCAAGAAAAAAAUCUUGAAUGCUCAUUAGUAAGCUGGUACCUACAACAAGUGGAGCACCGUCAAGAGAAGGUUGUCUACAUAUAAAAGGCCUGGGCAGCUGUUCUUCCCUUAGUGCACCUAGAAUACAAAAUCCCCCAAAUCCCGCCAUUGCAUACGAGGUUAAACACUAGAGAAAGUCUUUCAAAUCAUUUGGAAGUGUGGAAAGAGUUGGGUCAGUUUAAAAAAAAAAAUCAAGUAAGAAUCUCGAGUUCUCGAGAUGGCACCUAUGACAAGUGAAGGAUGAAGGAUAAAAGGUUGUCUAUAUAUAUAAGCUUAAACAACUGAACUUCCCUUAGUCCACCUAGAAUAGAAAGUUCCCAAAACCCACCUUUGCAUACAAGGGUGCCUACACACUAGAGAAAGCUCUUUCGAAAUUAUUUGUGAGUGUGGAAAGAAUUGCUCCGUUUGAAAACCAAGUGAGAAUCUUGAGUUCUCAUUGGUUAGCUGGCACCUACGACAAGUGAAGGAUCGUAGAGAGAAGGUUGUCUGUAUAUAAAAAGCUUCAACAACUGAACUUCCUUCAGUCCACCUAGAAUGGAAAGUCCCCAAAACCCACCACUGCAUACAAGCGUGCCUACACAUUAGAGAAAGCUCUUUCAAAAUCAUUUGCAAGUGUAGAAAGAGUCGCUCAGUUUGAAAACCAAGUGAGAAUCUUGAGUUCUCAUUGUUCAACUGGUACCUACAACAAGUGGAGGGUCAUAAAGAGAAGUCUGUCAAUAUAUGAAUGUUUGGGAAACUGAACUUCCCUUAGUUCAUCUCGAAUACAAAAUUCCCAAAACACACCACUGCGUACAAGGAUGUCUUCACACUAGAGAAAGCUUUCAUGAAAGCAUUUGGGAGAGUGGAAAGAGUCUGGAGCAUCAUAGAGAAGGUUGUCUAUAUAUGAGGGCUUAGGCAACUGAACCUCCCGUAGUCCAUCUAGAAAACAAAGUCCCUAAAAUCAACCACUGCAUAUGAGGGUUCCUACACAGUGAGAAUAUCUUGUGAAAAGCAUUUAGGAGUGUGGAAAGAGUUGGGUCUGUUUGAAUUCCCAUUAGCCACCAUACCUACGACAGAUUGCACUGCAAAGAGAGUUAAAAUAUUCUCAACUUUUGGUAACGUUCUUCUACGUCGUUGUGAUACUUUAUCCCCAUUGAAAUCAAGUCAGCUCUAGUCUGUAGGUGCCCUUAGUUUGUUGUAGUUUCGUGAUUGAGAUUAAUAGUAUCUAGUCCUUGAAACAAACACUUGCCUUUUGCCAAACUAGUCCUCAGGACAAUUGCAGAAAUGGCCUGUUUACAACACAAACUCUUGAGAAUGUUUCUGUUGUCCGAAAAAUGGCCAUGGAAAAUCCAUGUUUCUCCAAUUAUCGUUUUUUUUUUUUUUUUUCUCGUAAAACUGAAAAAGGGAAGAUGGUUGUGUUUUUGUGAAACCCGUGAACAUUAUGUAUCCUUGGCUCCUUUUACGGGAAAGUGAACUAUGAUAUGAUGAUAAGCUAUAUAUUUAGUGUUCUGCUGUAUGAAACUAGUUUGUCAGUGUUUCCCAUGGAUUUCCUAACACAACCUGUGCAUUUACCUGUGCUCGGAGUUCUUGAACACGAGCAUCUCCGUCACCUCUAAACCACGUUCACUUAUGAAGUCAACCAUUUUAGAAUAGAUUAUGAGCUAUAUAUUUGUAUUUCUGUAUGUAUACACACACACAUAUAGGACCUCAUUCAUGAAGUCAUGGCUGUUUGUAAAAUCAGCUAUUUACACAGCUCUUAAAUUGUUGCAUUCAAUGCCGUUUAGUGUGUAUGUGUGCAUUUACUGUACAUUGACAUGCAUGCAACCGUUUACCUAAGAAUGGGUUUGCAAAUUUCUCUGUAAAUCAAACAUUUCUGUUGUGCAUGUAUUUCACGAAUGAGGCCCAUAGUGCUUAUGUGUAUAUGUGCUGUGCACUGAAUUUAUAUGUGUGUGUGUCUAUGCACAUAAAUAUUGGAUUCAUUGUAGAGAUAAGGUAUAUUAACAGGUAUAAAUUUUGGAACGCUGAUUAAGGACCACUAGAUGUUUGUGUAUUUGUAGCAGGAAAAAAUGAAGCUAAGAGCAUUUGGUGCUAAGUGAAGUUGUGUUGGGUCAGUUCAUGCGGCUGGCAUGUCACGUUUUUAACAUUUAUGUGUAUAUAUCUACACAACGGCUGGUGCUAGUAGAAAGCGUGUAUCAGUUGUGAUGGCAGUGUGUUUUAAGCAUCCUAAUAGUUUAAAAGGAAAGGCAGCCACAUUGUAGUAUUACAGCCUGUAUGGAUAAGCUAUGUAAGAAAGCACCUAUGUUGUACUGUAUUUCACUGUUGAUCUUGAACAUGCCAGACAACCAAA